AUAUCUACGAGUGUAGGUAGCUAGGUGGAAAGGUCUAUCGCCUCAGUAUCGGACACAUCCAGUCCGUGGUGCUUGCCAUCUCAAUCAUCAUGCCGACAUGCGUGUUGAAGAGCCAGCUCUUCAAGCAAACAAGGCAUGUUACUAUUGUUAGGUAACUGCACUGAGUUGAUGUGGAAAUAGAAAGCUUUAGGCAUUUUGCAUUCAUAGCUGACAUAAGGGCCGGCAGCAGACUAGUCACGGCGGAUCUUCGGCCGUUCGGGCACCUUGCCAGCCAACCACUGGGUGUCCCCUUCCUGUGCAUGUUUGCAGCCAUACUGAAAGAGAAAAACAGCGAAGCAUCUCGACAUUGGUCAGUGCAGCGGAUGUCCCAACGGAAGCAGCUGGCAAAUUGCCCAAGGAGGGAACUGCCAUCACGGUUUUUGGCAGUGAAGUAACGUUAGUUGCGGAGAGCCAGCAACAGCAUCACCAAGGAAGGAGUUCUCAGAACGAUGGCCUUUCUCAGAACACUUGCAAUAUUGCUGCUCCUCAUCGUUCUUCUACAAGUAACAUGUGGGCAAAAAAACAACAAAAAAAGGAGAAAACCCAAGACCAGUCUCAAUGAUGAUGACACCGAUGAUCUAGGCACCACUGGCAAAGUAAAGAGGAGGCGGAGAAAUCGCCAGGUUAUCGUUUACGAUGGUGAAGAGGCGGACGCGACAUGUGAGGAUUGCCUCUGCUUAGUUCACUACACACUGGUGUGUCCAAAGUGCGCGCCUCAGCUGGAUCUGCUGGUGCCAUGUGGUACCACUGUCAUGGACCUAAUGAUGAAGGCGGCAAAUGUGUAUGACAGCAAAAAUCCGAACAUUGAUCCAUCCAACAACCCGUACUCAUUCACGACCGAGUACAGGGGCAAAGGGGGUCAAUCCGUGGUGGGUCUGAAUGGCAUCAUACCAGAGGACCAUGAGUGGCAGCUCUUCAUCAAUAGUCGGUACGUCGGCACGGACAUCAAAACAACAGCUGUCCGGCGUGGUGGAGAGUCGGUGACAUUUCGCCUUAUACCGGUCGAAGUCAAGCGGAGCCUGGAAAGAAAUGCACAACGUGACCCAAUGGCUAUGCUGAAAGAUACACAAGUGGAAGAAUAUGACGAAGCACCAGAACAAGAGUUGGAUGUGGAGUCUGCAAAUCAACUAGACACUACAUCUAGGGAAAAUACAGAGGCUGUCUUCGAUAACGCAAUGGAUAUAGCCACUGAAAAUGAGAUAGAUGCUGAUCUGGAUGUGCGAUCACCGGACUUAUCCUCCGAUGAAGACCUCAGCUUGGCAGAACUCAAUUCUCUGCAGGAGAAGUUUGAGUCUCUCUGGCCAUUUGGCACGGGCAAUCUGCGCAGUCCACCAUCAGCUUCUCGACAGCAAGUCUGGCAUUUGUUUGACCGCAUUCUUCAGCAGCUGAAGAAGUGUGCCCAGUAUGCCAGUGACCUCCCCAGCGAAGAAACACCACCGCCACCACCACCAUCUUAACCUGGACCAGAUGCUCCCACACAGAAAAUGGACUAGUUUUGCUGGCAUGUAUUCACUAUCCAUGUGGACCGAUUCAGACCAUUAGCUUGCAUUUGGCGGCGAUUUUGCCCCCUUUGGGCACUUUUAUUUUAUCACAAUCAUGAUAACGCUAUUCACCAUAACAACUUCUUGAUGACCAGCCACAGCUAGAUGAUACUAAGAACCUUUGGCUUGAUACCCCACUGCCUCAACAUUCAUGAUGCCAAGCUUGCUCUCAGCACUGCUGCUACUCCUGCCUCCACUACUUGACUGCUUUCAAAGUGCAAAUACAGUAGCAUUUAACAGUAGAAAUUACUUCAAGUACUGUCCGGACCUUGUCCGAGUGCUGUGCAUACACACAUUUCUGCUCCAAUAUGCAAUGCUGCUCAGCGAAGUUCGACUUCAGCAGCCAAACUAGACGCAGCGCUGUGAAAAGUGGCAUCAUCACGCAUGAGCACAGAUGUGGAACGCUUGCUUAGUCAUGUGA